AUGGAAGCAACCGUUUCAGCUAUUAUCAAAGAACUUAAAUUAAAUGAUGAACAAAUAACUAAUAUCUAUAAUUAUGGUUCAUGGGUUUAUGGUACAAAUCAUUUGAAAUCUGAUCGUGAUUUUCUUUUUGUAAUCAAAGAUAGUCGUAAAAAAUAUCAAAAACGUUUAAAAUUUCGCAAAGAUUUCGAUUAUUUUCAUUCAUUUGAAUUACAUUGA